CUUUUUCUAAUCAAUUCAGUCAGAGAGAAUAAUAAAAAAACACUGGAAAUUCUGAAAAUUUCGUUCGACGUCGAGUUUUAUGUGAAAUUUAGAAAAAUAUAAAUUUAAUUACCUACUCUCUGAAUUAUUCGCUUGUUAAAGUUAAAAUUUAGAAAAAAACAAAUACGGUUUAACUAUUGUAUUUUAAAUUUUUCCAUGAAAUAUUGUGAAAAUGGCCCAUCUCCAAUACAUUCCGGGUGAUCCUCGGUUGGUCGAUCAAUUAGUAUACGAACUAAAAUCGAAAGGAAUAUUUGAUCAAUUUCGGAAAGAUUGUAUCGCUGAUGUGGACACUCGGCCAGCUUAUCAAAAUCUAAGACAAAGAGUCGAGAACUCUGUUUCCACAUUCUUGGCAAGACAGUGCUGGCAACCAGACUUGAACAAGAAUCAACUGAGGGAGAAACUUAGGAAACACAUUUUGGAUGGAAAUUACUUGGAGCAGGGAGUUGAAAGAAUAGUGGACCAAGUUGUAAAUCCUAAAGUAGCGUCUGUAUUUAUUCCCCAAGUUGAAGACUUGGUUUACAAUUACCUCGGAAUCACAAGAAAGAAAACUGUACCAGUACCAGAAACUUCAAACGGAAAAGUUUGUGAGAAUGACCUACUCCCUACAGACCUUGAAGCAGUCAGCCCUGGCUCAGUUAAUGAUGACAGAAAUGAUGAAAUGGAAGAUCUUGAACCACCAGGAGUUGAUUCGAAAAUGGAAGUUGAUCAGGAAGAUACGUAUAAACUGGAAAUUAAAGAUGGCAGCACAAAUGAUGCAACCAAUAAAGUUAAAAAUGAUGCACAAGAAUCUCAAAUGUCUGUUGUUAGUGAACCUAUUUCUAUUGAUUCUAAUAGCAGUAUAGACAAGAGUUGCAUCCCUUUACCUGAUGAAGAAAUAAAACUUGAAAACAUACCUGCUCCAGAGAACAGUCCUCCAAAAUCAACUAAAAUCAAAGUUGAGCUUGAGAAAAUACAAUUACCAGAGGAACCGAAUGUUUCCACAGACAUACCAUUACCAGAGGAAACUUUUAAAUCUGAUAAAGAUCAUUAUUUCAAACCUGUUAAUAGUGAUGAUGAUGACUCCAGUUCCGAUUCAUCACUAAGAAGAAACAUGUCACCUCUAACACCAAUAAGAAACUUUAACAACGAGAAUUCUUGUGACGCACAACAAGCAUUCGAAAAUGACUCGAUAGACAAUAAAAUUGAGAAAACUGAACCUUUGGAACCAAAUUCAUUUAGAUUUACCAUUGAAUCUAAGGAAGAGAAUAGUUCUGAAGUUACGAAGGCAGAGAAGAAAGAUACGGAUCAAGCUAAUUUGUCAUACCAGUUCAAAAACCAAGUAAACAUUAAUGCAUUUAACACCCCAAUGUAUGAUGAUAGCUCGAACAGUAAUUUGCUGCAUAUAGAUUAUGAGAGUGACGCAAACAGCAAAUUGAAUAUCGAUAAUAAGACAUCCGAAGCUGACCAAAACUCGAAUGAGACUAAAAAAGGUAGGAGGCAGGAGGAUAAGAAAAGUAGUCAUCGAAGUUCUCAUCAUAAGGAUUCACAUAGGCAUUCUAGCAGUAAAGAUAAAAAAUCAGACUCUAAACAAACGAGUUCCAGAGACAGUAAAUCUGAUAAAAAGUCUUCUAAAGAUGACCACAAAGGAAGCAAUAAAUCCAGCCACAAAGAAAGAUCCAGUGACAGAAGUGACAAAAAAGAUAGCAGAGAAUCGUCGAAGCACAGGAGUUCUCAUAAAAGUUCAAGCAGCCACAAAGAUUCAAAGUCACAUAGGAGCUCUAGUUCCAGUCAAAGACAUUCAAGCUCUAAACAUUCUGAUGAGAAGAAGUCUUCUUCGUCGAGUCAUCGAGAUAAAGAAAAGAGCUCUAAAGAUGAUAAGCACUCAAAGGAAAAAUCAUCGAAAGAUCCAAAAUCUAGUUCUAGUUCUCACAAAUCAGAAAAGGAUAGAAAAAGUACUAGUAGCAGCAAAAGUAAGCAUGACGAUAAAGAAAAGAAAAAAGAUAAGAAAGAGACAGACGAUCAUUAUAGUGCUUCAGGUAGAGGAAGUCAUAGCCGUCGAUCAACUGAUAGAGACUCUAAUGAUGGUAGUUCUUCGUCUAAAGGUUCUCAUAAUCCAUCAAGUAGGAAGUCAUGUGACAGCAAAAAAGAAAGCAAAAGUUCUACUUCGAAAUCUGACACAACAUCUACCAGUGGCGAUUCUACAAGUCCUAGUGACAAGGAUCAUUUGAAUAAUGAAACGAAACAAUCGAAGUCUGGAAAUAUACCUCUAAACAAACCUAUUAUAAGAGUUGAUAAUCACUUAGAAGUACCUAUACAUUCUCCACCGAGACUUGCUUUCGUGCCAGAUGUGACAUUAAAAAAACCCAAAAUUGCGGCAAAUUUAGAAGAAGCUAGGAAAUUGAUGAAAAUGAGGAAGUUCUUAGAUGAGGAACAAAAGAGAAUGAACCAAGAGGCUGCACUGCUUUUAGAAUUCCAAGCGAACGUCAGACCAAGUAUGAGUCAAGUAUACUCGAGUAUUUCGGGUCCUGAACUUGAGUUUGCAUGCGUUGCUACCACUUCUUCCAAAAUGGUAAUAGGUGAACCUCAAACGUUCUCCGAAAAUAAAAUUAUAAAAUCAGACAAUAUUGAAACAAGGAACGAGUCCAUUAGUGAUAUACUAAAUGCGGCAGAACAAGUAGAAAAUAUAGAUGAAAUUAAAGAUAUAGAAAGUCAAGAAGAAAAAGUAAUUGUAGUAGUUGAACAAAUAGAACCAGCUAUUAUUGAGAGAGAAACAGAUGAGGAGAACAGUGAAACAGAUAAAGCUACUGUUCGGGUUGAAAAAUCAAUGGAUACUGACGAAAAAGUAGUUCACCAUAUUCCAGUUAAUAAUAAAAAUGACAAAAUACUGUAUAUUUUAACUGAAGCUAAUGAAGAGGAAAAUGAAAGUAAAAUUUUAGAUAAAGAAACUUUGGAAUCUGAGAAACUAACCAAUAUAGUAGACACUGAUGCAAUUGUGGAAAUGCAAACUAGAAAUGACGAAUCAGCCACAGAAAACAUAAAUAUGAUUGAAACUGAUGAAAUUGAAAUGAAACUUAGCUUGUUACAUGAAAAGAAAUAUCCUGAUUAUGCUGUUCAAGUUAUUGUUAUAGCGGAAGAGGUCUCCGAUACUGAAGAUAUAGUACUGGAAACUGCUAAUAAAGUGGAAGAUAUCGCAGAAACAUGUACAGAAGAGAUUCCUUUACAAUAUUUUGGAGAACACGAAAAGUACAAAGCUGAGUUAGAAAGGGAUACAUUUAGUAAAUUUCUCAAGACAUUCACUGAGAAGUGCACAGAGAAAAUCUAUUUGAUAAAUUGCAAUACUUAUGAAGAGAAAAUAUUGAAAGAAGUUUUACAGAACUUGGGCAUAUACGAAGUAGUGAACUAUCACAAGAAUGGACAUUUGAACCAAAAUAAAACUGGCAAAAACAUUGUGAGAAAUGUGAAUGUCUCUUCUGAAAUAUCUUUGCCUGUUGAUAGCGUUUCUAAGGCGUCGCCUUCGCGCCUAGUUUUCAGUCCUGUAAAAUCUGAAUGUUCCUUUGAACUCUCCAGCGAUUACGAUGCCAAGUUAGAAGAAAUGGUUAGUAAAACAUCACGAAGAGAAAUAAUGGAGAUUAUACUUGGCAAUGCUGCAGAAGAAUCGGCGGAUGAUACUGAAAUGCCAACGAUUGAUUAUUGCUCCGAAUUCAAUAUAGUAAGUGACACAGAGAACACAGUGAAAAGAAAAUAUUGCGAAGUGGAAAGCAGCGAAAAUAACAAUAGACAAGUUUUGACUCCCAACAAGAUUAGGAAGCUCAGCGAUUCAGAUCAGAUAACUUCUACUACAGGGGAAUCUGUAGAGGCGAGUAAUAACAAUGUAUCGAUGAACAACACUAGUGUAAGAUCCAAAUACUUGGGUAGAGCCCGAAGAGUGGGGCUUCCUAGGCCCCGGAGAUCUAAUGUCGCCAACAGCCCGUCCAGCGACAAGUCCAUAGAAAACUACGAACAGAACACGCCCGUGACACAAACACCCAAUGGCAAAAUAAAAACACCUCGAAACAAGAUCCAGCGCUAUGACACAUCGGAAUUGUACAAGCCCAAACUGCACUAUUUGUCAAGAAGGAAUAAUGUCAGUUAAUUUAAUUACAUAUAAGAUUCUGUGAGUGAUUGAUUACAUAAUAAUAUUAACCACCAAUCCAUCAGUUGAUAAAUGAGGAAUAAUCUAUCCAAUAUUUUCAUUUGGACAAAAUUUCAUCACGAUGGUUCAUUCAUUUUCUUUUCGAAGUUGAUCUAGGGCAAACAUCGUGACCACGUGAUUUUUUAUAUGUAUUUAUAAGAUUCUAAGUCUAUAUAUACUAUAUAGCUACUUCGCGGGAUUAGCAAAUAAUUUGAGAUGGAAUAUCGUGGGUCAGAUAUAAUUAGGCUUGAUGAUGAAAGUUAAAUAACUUUCACAAUGGGAUGGGUGACUAGAAUUUAUUAUCUCGGGGUCGUUAAAGUCAGUUUUUUAGAUAAAGAAACUCCGGGCUUCGGAAAGCACAUUAGUUCCGUCUACUUCUGCUUUUCUUAGCACCCACUAAUCCUAGUUGGGCUCGCGCGGUGAGCCAUGACCUAUAUUUUCUAUGCUGUUUCUGUCAUAGGGAAACAUCCUGUGCCCCAGUAGUGGGAACAUUAACAGGAAUCAUCCUGUCAUCAGACAUAAUAAGGUGACAUUAAACAAUAUGGUGUUAUGAAGUUACGUGCAUACAGUAUGCUCUCAAACAUAUUGUUAUUUUUCAAGAUCCAGUAAAUGUAGUAUCCAUAAUAUUAACGUAAACUGACGAUAAAAUGUGAAAGGCAAAACUUUUAUUUUAUGUAUGAAUUCACAAUAUUUUUUUCGUUUUUAAAGUGAUUUUAAUCAGUUUUAAAAAGCCGAAAAGGGGCAGCUUAAGUAUAAGAUGGCAACGAAAGGGAAACUAAGUCCAAACAUCCUUUUGAAAUAUAAUUUCUGUUUUUUUCAUAUAAUUCAGAAUGUUAUAUAAUUCAAAAAUUAAUUUUUAACUUUGACUUGAUUGAAAUAAUGUUAAGUUUAAAUAUUCCAAUUAAUGUAUAGUUGUGUGUAGUUGUUUGGUACAUAUAAUGCUGGCACCUCACUUUGCUAUUCGUGUUUGCUAUUUGAGGAGCUGUGCGAACAGAACCAGAUUAGUCCAGGAAAAUAAAUUUUACAUGGUGGCUAAAAACCUAAUAUCAGUGUAGGGGCCGUUACUAGGACCCUAACGACUGUCAAUUUGUCAAUUAGUCACGGGACGAUUGUCAGGAGAUAAUUAUUAAAAUACGUCAAUAUGAUGUGAAUGCCUUUAUUGCACUGUCAUAUAAUGUAAAAUAUUGUUCUUAAACCAAUUAGUGGGUUAACUGUUUCAGCAGUUUAGAGUGCAUCGAUUCGGAAUGCAAACUUAAUAAAAUAUAAUUAAAAUGGCUUGUACAAUCAGUAUUAUGGAGGUGACUAAUUGCAUAUCGGACUAGUCCGGUUUUGUUUGAUAAUGCACUUUUUAAAUCCUUUUUUGCCUACUUCGAGCCGGUUUUAUUUGAAAAUAUUAACAGGGAUCGACGAAACUGGAUCAAGACAUCACGAUACGAAAAAAAAAACGUUUUUUGAAUAGUAGUGGACAAGUCCGCUUCUGUUCGCCAGCUCCUCAUUUGUUAACUUGACAUCAGUCUGUCCUUUUCAUUGCUUAUAAAGCAUGAUAAGGACGGAAUGUUUUCAAGUUUAAAAAUAGCAUAUACUAAUAACCAAUUGAGGUGCCUUAACGAUACAACAUCGCAAUAUCCACGAUGAAUUAAUAGUAGGAGAAUAUUUAAAACUAGCUUUACCUGGCGAAUUUCUUACCACCCUAUUAAUUUCUUUUACUCAAACCUUGUCCUUAUAAUAGCAAACACAAAAAAAAAUCCAAUUUAGUGCAGUCGUUCGGAAGUUUUACGCGUACAUACACAUUUAAGGGUUCUUAACCUUUUAAUGACAUUUAGAAAUUUUGUCCAUUUGUCAAAAUUUCGAAAUGUCACUAAAAGGUUAAGAACCCUCGUCACUAUAAAGUUUAGAACCACUGAUAUAGAUAGAUCGCCUAUCGCACUCGAUGAAAUCUAUAAUAUUCAUUGUUAUUAAUUUAGAUAAAGCAACGGUUAUAGAUAAUGUAAACAAUUAUAAGUAUCAUUACAUUAAUGAAGUAUGUUAAAAGCACUCGUAUAAUUCAAAGAGCUAUCCUAAAUUGUAGUUUAAAAAAAUCUUAUAAUGAUAUUAUGUACUAAGAAAUUUUAGUACGGUAGUAUAUGACAACUAAGUUAGCAAAAUUAUAUUCUAUAGAUAAAAUUAAUUGAUAUAACCACUAAUUAUGGAUAGUUAACACGACCGUCUUUCCCGGACGUUAUUUGUAAUGUUAUAUGACUACAGAAAAAAAAAAUAGAAAAAAUAUCACUGUGCAGGUUUUCAGGUAGGAUUUAAACGGGCUUCUUACGAUAUCUAGGCUACAUAGUAUCAAAUUCUGCAUCACACCUUGGAGAGAGUGAAUUUUUUGUAGUAAUAUAAUUCUUUAGAUUUAUAAAAAUAGUUUCAUACUUUAAAUAUACACUCGGGGGCUUUUGUAUACUCGAAACCCCUUAUUAAUAAACAAGGAAUAAGCUUAGAUUAGUUACGCCGUGUUUGGUUCAUGUCACUCAUAUGCCAUUUGUCAUUCUAUGAACAAAGAGAAAACAUGGAGUAACUUAUCCAAGCUUAUUCUUCGUUUCUUAAUAAGUAGUCCAGGCAACGAAAAGGUAUAGAGGGAAAUGCUUAGAACACAAUUUUUGACUUCGUUACUUUGUUAGGACCAGUUAGGAGGUAAACAUAUCAAAAGUCCAAGGGGGUUGAAGGUCCCAUUUUUAGGUUUUUCGCAUAUAUCUCGAAAACUAUGCAUCCUAGCGACAUGAGACUUUCACAAGAAGCUGAUUAAAUUUGCUACAAGUCUUAUUCAGCAAAAUUUUUUGAUAUCUUGUAUAGUUUUCGAGAUAUCCGUUCUUGAAAGUCUGUAAUUAUGGAAAAAAAAUUUGGUUCACAUUUUUGCGCUAUUUGACCGGAUAACUCUUCAACAAUGCACCCAAAAAAUAAAUGCCGGCCGUAGGGUUGUACAGCAUUAAAUUAUCUUCAAAAUCAAUCCCUAAACGGGAAUCCCGCGGCUUCGAACUAAGCAGCUUAGAGGGUGUUUGCAGGGUUUUUUAGCGGAUAUUA